AUGGCUGCGACCGCUUCCAGCUACGUUGGCAGAUCCGAUCAGGCCGUUACACUGAAGACCUUGUUAGGUCAACCAGACCAGCCUCUGCCAUCAGCGCUGCUUCUUCAUGACGCAUGCAGUCCCAACACCACUGCUCGUCUCGUAUCCGACAUUCUCGACGCCUUGACGCAUGGCGUCGAUCACGAUAGCACUCCGCUGAGCUGGUGUAGCGUGUCCCCUUUGACUUCGAUCAUCCCGGCGACCCUCUUUCACAACAUUCUUACUUCCCUCGAACAACAAGCCGUGCAACGUCAGCGAAACGGCCCUGCUCACUUGACAAACGCUUUAGCUGGCGGAUCUGGAGGAGAAUAUCGAAGGCCAGAGCCGUCCAUCGACUACUUUCUAUGGAAACUUGGAACGAUCCUCGAGACCAUCAAUGGCUGCGUGGUCAUUGUCAUCAAGGAUGCCGAACGAAUUCGUGGUCUUUGGCCAGAACAUAUCUGGACCGCUUUCUGUCGACUCGCCGCCCUUGUCGGCAAGCCAGGUCGCGUGUCAACCGUGUUCAUCUCAACACUUCCCUGGUCCCAGUAUCGCACACCUAGUGGACUCACCGUGUCUCACCAGCCCAUCACCAUUCGCUUUCCGCGUCUUACCCGCCCAGACAUGCUCGCCAUCCUCGCGCUUGACUUUCCUUCGCUUUGGAAGUCGUACCAGGCGUCUGUCCAUUCUGCUCAGAUGCACGCACGUACAUCGCCUGCACUUUGCGAGCCCUCUACACUGCUCAAGCUGAAAAAGCAACGCUCGGGCGAAGAUGUCUCAAAGGACGCAUUGGGCGCGCUCCAUCACCAAUUUGUCGGCGUAUUCUACGACUCGGUGCGUUCCAAUGUUAGGGAUAUAGAAGAGCUCAGAACGAUGAGUGCUGCUGUAUGGCAUUCCUUUGUCGUUCCGAUUCAGACGAGAGAGUGCACCACGUCCGAGCUGCAGCCGCUUUUGUUGGCUGCAUCGCAUCUGUUCAAGGAUGUCAUCCUGCGUUUGCAGACACGAGAACUAGGGCCCAGGGAAUGGACGCAACAGGCGCGUAUCAAGAGCAUUCAAGCUAGCGUUGCACGACUUGGAACAGCAAAGGUCCCCACUAACGCUCCCGUCGACUCAGCCGCACAAGCAAGCGACGACGUAAACAUGGUCGACGAAGAACGCAGAUUCGAUCAAGAAGAGCAACUCGAGCGCGAGACUGCUGCACUUGACCGUUUGCGUUCAGCUUCUUCGCAGGCCACCGUGUCGCUCUUACCAUCGCUGGCGCUCAUCCCGACAUUCUUGGUGAUUGCAUCGUUUCUUGCAUCCUACAAUCCUUCACGACUCGACUUGCGCUACUUUUUACGCGAUGAUUCACUGCUCAGCCUCUCGUCUGGUAAAGGCAAAUCACUGAAAGGUGGACGAAAACUCGGACCGGGUCGCGGUCGCAAAGGUGCUGCUCGUGGACGACCGUCCAAAAGUGCAUUGCGAGUUACUAACGAAGACGGCCAGACGGAAAACCUCAAUCGACAACAAUUGCUCGGUCCAAAACCGUUCCCAAUUGACCGUCUGCUAUCCAUCUUUCAAGCACUCAUCACGGAGGCUGCACCGGAAACGUCGAUGGUCUACUCGUCUCUCAUCCCGGAUUACGACGAAUGCCAAGUUGAUCGUUCCACCCUGUGGGAAUUUCGCAGCAAGACGCUCUCGGUGUAUUCGCAGAUCAAUGGGCUGGUAGCGAGGAGGAUGCUGGUCAGGACUUCAGCCCCUGACAAGUUGGGUACGAGUAUCAAUUUCAGGACCAAUGUGAGCUAUAACGUCGUCGCCGUCUUGGCCAAGAGGGUCAAGUUUGAUUUGGACGAAUGGCUUUGGGAUUGGGGAUCUGGUGGGACGAAUGGACUGUGA